CAUCUUCUUCUUCCUCAAUGCACUUUAUUCAUUAUCACCACGUUUCUUCAUUUGUUUAAAGAGUAAUACAGUUGAGGACAGAAAAAAAAAAAAAAAUAAAUAAAUGGCAUGAACAUUUUCCUCUGUUGGUCCCAGAGGACACAGCAUGCUGUCGUCCCUGAAGACCCUGCUGCUGCUCUCGGUCCUGUGCACACCGACCUCCAGCCUGUGCCUCCGCCUCUACCAGACCCGCCCUGACCUCCUCUGCAACAACCAGCUGGAAGUCGGGGUUCGGAGCGACGAGGACGAACCGGGUUACACCCCCGUGGACGGCUGGGGAUCCCUCCUGCAGUCCGCGGAGUAUGUCUCCUCCUCAUCCUCAUCCUCCUCUUCUUCCGCCGAGUCCAGUCGGGAAAAAAGGACUUCAAGUCCCGCAAACUACCGCUUCAUGAGCCGGACGAAGCUCAGAGGUCAGAUGCUCCGCAACAGCAGCAAAGGGGACCGCAGGAGCAGGCUGACCCUGUCCCUGGACGUCCCGACCAAUAUCAUGAACGUGCUCUUUGAUGUGGCCAAAGCCAAAAACCUGCGCGCCAAAGCGGCUGAGAACGCGCGCCUCCUGGCUCAGAUUGGACGGAGAAAGUGA